AGUCUGGCGAGCGGAGCGUGAAGGACGAGACGAGCGGGACGGAACUCCGAGAGAUGCACCGACGGAUGGGGGUAAGUACCUCCAAGGGGCGCGCAGGGAAUGGUGAGAGGGGCUGAUGAAAGAGAAGAUUUGGACAGGAUGCUGCUGUCCCACCGCAGGACUUCCAGUUGCCACCCAUUCACCCCGGGCUUCAGCGCCGUGGUCCAUCAGCGUGUCGAUGAUUCGAUCGACCAUGCUGCGCUCACUGGCGAGUCAUCGCCUCGGUGCAAGAAGCCUGAGGUUGACGAUCAAUGUUUCCCGUACGUUGAGUCUGCCACUCACAUUGAUCGAGACACUGACUGUAUGCGCCUAGUGGUUUUACUUCCGAGCAGGCCGAGGCCGAGCGUCGUCAUCCCCACCGGCCCCAACAUGUUCCUCGGUCGCUCCGCGUUGCUCGUCGGUCAGGACGACCACACCGUCAACCAUCUGCCGAACAUCCUCCCCCACAUCAGCUCUAUGGUCACAGCUUCAACGCUACCUUGGUGCUCUUGAUUGGCGGUAUCUCCAUUCGCCAUCCCACCACGUCACCCUGACCGUCGGUGCUCAGCAGCUCGCCAAGCACCAGGCUAUCGUCACUCGUAUCACUGCGAUUGAGCGGCUCGCCGCCGUGACCAUUCUGAGCUCAGACAAGUCGGGUACGCUCACGACCAACAAGCUCAUUAUGGACCG